AUGCGGCUCUUGUUAACUGAAAAAGACAUUGAUUGCGAUUAUGUCAACUCUUAUAGACAGUCAAGUUACAUCAAAGGUUAUGUGUUACCAGAAGAUCAUGAAUUCUCAAGAAUGGAGACAAGAGAGGCACCACCUGCUCAUUUUAUGUUCAAGAUUGAAUCUUUCUCCAUGUCUGAACUAUGUGGAAUUGAUAAAUUCGAAACGGCGGAAUUUGCGGCUGGAGAAUAUAACUGGAGACUAAUAAUCUAUCCAAAUGGGGACAACAUUGUCGGAAAAGAUAGCGGUUAUGUUUCUGUAUAUUUGGCUAUGGCAGACAAAAGUUCUCUACCGGUGGAUGUGAAUGCUAUCUUCAGCAUUUUUCUCUAUAAUCAUAUUUCCGGCAAGUAUCUAAAUUCACUAGGAAGAACAAGACGUUUCCGAGGAAUGAAGUCCCGAUGGGGUUUUUCCAAAUUUAUUUCAAAGGAAAGUUUGAAAGAUCCAUCAAAUGGAUAUGUAGUCGAUGACAACUGUGUGUUUGGCGCUGAGGUUUUUGUGGUUAAAAGAGAAGCAGUCACUCAAUGCUUUUCUUUAAAAUAUGCUGACAUUCCUUACAAACGUGAUUGGAAGAUUACAAACUUCUCAAAAUUGGAAGAGCAUUGGAGAUCUGAAGAAUUCACAGCAGGAGGGCAAAAGUGGAAUAUUCUUCUUUACCCGAAUGGAAUUCAAAGCGGAGCGGGCAGCCACGUCAGCUUGUAUCUGCAGCGUCUCGGUUCUGAAAGAGUGCAAGUAAGUUAUAGCAUAUGUAUCAAAAACCAGGUUUCUGAUCAACACAUUAAAAAAAGUGAAACCGAUCGGUUGUUUAUAACUAUCGACAAUGCUUGGGGAUGGUCUAAAUUCAUGGAGAUUGCAACUAUGAUUGAUCCUGAAAAGGGAUUCAUUGUCAAUGACUCUUGUCUUAUAAAUGUUGAAAUCUCAUCUCUCAAAUUAGAUGUUGCACAAUAA